AUGUUCGGAAGCUUUUCGUUUGAAUCCAACGAACAGUUCUUGCAAGAUGGUACUCUGGCCACCCAUGCCAACCCAUGGUUACGACAGCUGCUGGAUGAUGUUAACUCGUUGCGACAGCAUGGCGAUUCUGCGCAUGUCCCUCAUCAAGUCGAUGGUAAGCUUCAGCGGCUCUUCAACGCAGAUGUCAUCAACGACUUUCUAUAUGUGGAUGUUUCGGUGCUUCGACGACAGACGCUUACUGUUUGUAUUCCUCCACCUGGAUACCAAUGCCCGCCAGCUUCAGACACGCAGGAAGAACCCGAAGUCUUGGAUCAGCAUGUGUGCUCUUUGCUCAAAGCGGAUGGCAGUGUUUGUGAUCGUGCUUUCCUAUCGCAACAAGCUUUGCGCAUCCAUCAAGCCAAAACGAUUGGGGGCGAGCAUGGACAGCCCGAUAUUGCAACACAGAUCGUGGUUACAAACCAGUGCUUGUUCUGUAGGCGAGUUUUUGCAAAUAUGCCGUCCACUAGGCCCAUCAUGAACACUUGGGCUGCCAGCAGUCGCUCGCAGCCACCAGCUGCUAAGCGUGCAGCAGUGGGCGGCACUGUUGACAACCAGCUGGUGAUGAAGAUGCUUGCUCUGAUGGCCAAGAUGAACCUGAAGCAUGCAGCAGACAUACGUGCACUUCAGUCAGUGGCGUUCCGCACGUGCUUGGUGCCGAGUUCAGCAGGAGCGGUUGUGGCCGCAAAGGCAGCAUCCCAGGCGUACAAUGAGCAGGUGCAGAGUGCAGGAAAAGAUCAUGAUCAAGGACCUCCUCAUGUUCAUGUUUGGGCUGCUUUGCUUCAGAAUGCCGUAGACUCCGCCAUCCCGCCCCAGCAGAAGGAAGCCAUCGACGCGCACAUGAAGGGUGCCACAACACCACAGUCAUUGGUGCAUGAUGUUCUCUACUGCCGGGUUGCUACCACGUAUGACAAGAAGCACAUGAAAGUGUAU